AUGGGUUACAAACAAGACUUGAACCGUUCAAUUUCAGCAUUCUCUAAUUUUGCUAUCGCCUUUUCAUGUUGUUCCGUACUUUCAGGCUUACCUCCUUUGUGGGGUGAUGCAAUGAUGGCAGCUGGUUCUUUGGGUACAAUUUGGGCUUGGGUCAUCACAUCUUGUUUUACCAUGCUGGUAGCAUUAUCACUUGCUGAAAUUUGUUCUGCUUACCCAACCACUGGUGGUCUUUAUUUUUGGGUAUCAAAGCUCGCCACUGCUGAUUGGGUGCCACUUGCAUGUUGGAUGACUGGUUGGUGUAACUGGAUUGGUUUAUGCUUUGGUAUUGCUUCGAUUGAUCUUGGCCUUGCCCAAUUCAUUGCCGGUAUUAUUUCAGUUUGGAAUCCUGAGAGCGAACCAUUAUCUGUCUAUGCUCAAUAUGGUAUUUUCAUUGGUAUUAUCAUUAUCCAUGGUUUCAUCAAUUCUGUUGCUGUUAGCUGGAAUGGUAUUAUGAACCAAGGUGCAUUCUUUGCUAAUAUGCUUGGUAUUCUGCUUAUUGUUGUUGUUGGACUUGCCCUUACCAAGCCUUUAAACACUGCUGAAUUUACAUUUACUCAAUUCUCGAAUAAUUCUGGUUUUUCAAAUAACGGAUUUGCAUUCUUACUUGUCAUCCUUCAAUCACAAUAUACCCUUUCUGGUUAUGACAGUGCUGCUCACAUGUCCGAAGAAACCAAAAAUUCUCAAAGCGGUUCACCUUUUGGUAUCCUUGUCUCUGUUGGUGCCAAUGCUAUUUCUGGUUUAGCAUUUUUGCUUGCUGUUAGUUUCAUGGUCAAGGAUUACGACCUCCAAAUUCUUUCCGAAACUGCUAUUCAACCUCAAAUGAUCCAAGUCUUUGUCGAUGGCGUCGGUGCCAAUUGGACAUUGGUUUUUGUUAUUUUCAUUAACAUUAGUAUCUUCUUUUGUGGUUCUGCAUUGACUCUUGGUUCUUCCCGUAUGGUGUACGCCUUUGCUCGUGAUGGUGCCAUGCCUUUUUCCAAGUUCUUGCAUACAUUGAAUCCUAAGACCCAAUCUCCUGUUAAUGCUGUCUGGUUUAACAUUUUAGUUGCCGGUGUUGUUGGUAUUCUUUACAUCAUCAACUCCACUGCUUUCAAUGCUAUUGUGUCGGUCAAUACCAUCGGAUCUCAAAUGUCAUACUUGGUACCCGUCCUUCUUCGUGUUACUUCAUCUCGUACAAAGUUCCAACCUGGACCUUUCAGCUUGGGUAAGCUCAGUGUUCCUAUUGGAUGGAUCUCUAGUUUCUGGCUCAUGUUUACGUGUGUUCUCUUUGUUCUCCCCACCGAAGCCCCAAUCACACCUGAUACCAUGAAUUACGCCAUCGUUCCCUUUGCAUUCAUCAUGCUUUGUUCAUUAACUUACUUUUACUUUUGGGGUCGUAAGUGGUUUACGGGUCCUGUCCGUGUCAUCGAUGGUAAAGUUGUUAUCCUCGAUGAUGAUAACUCCAUUCAUUCACUCACUAAAAGUGAACUCUAA